GACAUAAGUGUAAACAUUAUUUUUAAAUAUUUGUAACUUACUGUGAAUGUGAAUGUUAUAUUUACAGUCUCGUCUCUCUUAUUUUCUGGACCAGUCUUUCGGGGGGUGGAGGGUAGAACUUGGGGAGAGCAAGUGCAAGGCAUCACACUUGUGUUAUAAUUAGAUUAGAUUUCUAUAUAAUUUCCUUGAAAGUGUCUUCCCGAAUCCUAAAAACUUCUAGGCUAAGACUGCCCAUUUAACUUUAGUUCUCCAUUUCAUAGCACCUGAUUAUCAGUAUAAAUCGUAUUACAUUAAGGUUUUAUUUUGAGCUUUGAUUCCAAAUACCGAACGAUGUGUAUUUUCACCUAGCCUUAGGCCUAUCGUUGUACGCAUGAUACAGACUCACUCCACAAAGUUAUAGCAUUUCCGGUUUUGCCAAGUUCGAUCGAGUCGAUAGAACACCAAACAAAUUUGUAUUGGCAACUGACGUUCAAAUAGUUUUAUGCCUUCAGAAUGGCUGGUAUCAAUAUAAGUGCAGGGUCUUCUCAAGAGCAGCCAUGGUAUGUUGCUCUUUUGGGUUUGGCUGAGCACUUUAGGACUUCAAAUCCCCAAAACAUUCGGUUGUGCAUACACUGCCUGCAGUCAAUAUUCAACUUCAGUCCACCACCACAUAUUGAAGCGAGGACACAUCUGCAACUCGGUACCAUACUUCUGACCCACGCUAAAAAUAUAGAUAUAGCAAGGAGUCAUCUGGAAAAAGCAUGGACAAUUUCCUCAACA